CAUCUUUCUAGCAUCAAUUAAGUACCUAGGUAGAUACCUACAUAUGUAUCUGGGGUACCAGUUGCAUAAUAUUAUCGGGCAAUUGUUACAAUAUUAUCCACAUUUGUAUUCAUUAUGCUAUGAAAUGCAUAACUUCGGCGUAGAUUCGUCGCUACGGCAUAAUAGAAACAUAAUUUUGCAUUCUUCAAUUUAUCUUACUAUUCUUCAACAAAACCAACAGAUGAUAUUGCCAGGCAUGUAGGUAUUUACGUCAGAAGCUUAAAACUGCCAAAUAUCUUCUUAAUUGGUUACAUCGGGUCCUCUACGCCGCCAGUUAGCAAUUGGUAAUACCUAGGUACUUGGCUGGCUAUUACUGACACCUUAUCAGUCUUGAUAGCCGACGAUCAGAAUCAUGGCUGUCAUAGCCCAUAACCAGAACAGGGACAUUUCCCCUCAGUCUAACGCCCAUCUCCAAUUCUAAACCCAUUCACCGUUCCAUCAUCUACAUCCAACUUUCGAAUCUCGUAUGUUAGUAUCAUGGCCGAGGUUAAGGACGUACUCGCGACAACUACUCCGCAUGAUGUCGAACAGGCUACGGAUUCAUCUAAAGCCACCGAGUUCAAUUCCAUGCGCAGACAUGUUAACAGCGAUGAUCCAGAUGAGGCACUCAAACUCGUGACUGGAGAAGCUGUAACAUUAACCCCAGAAGAUGAGAAAAGGUUGUUGAGAAAGAUAGAUUGUAAUCUAAUGCCUUUACUAUGUGUCGUUUACGGUUUGAAUUACUUGGACAAGACGACUUUAUCCUAUGCCUCCAUCAUGGGAAUUAAAACAGACAUCAAUCUAAAGGGCCAAGAUUACUCUUGGAUAGCGUCUAUGUUUUAUUUUGGUUACCUCUUCUGGGAAUGGCCAACCAAUCGCCUCCUGCAGCGGCUGCCUUUAGCGAAAUAUUCGGCCUUCAACGUGAUAAUGUGGGGUCUCGUUCUCUGUUGUAUGGCAGCUGUCAAGAAUUUCGGCGGAGCAAUGACUGUUCGAUUCUUCCUCGGCGCUUUCGAAGCAGCUGUCAGUCCCGGCUUUGCCCUUUUCACGUCGCAAUGGUAUACCAAGAAGGAACAAGGGGCAAGAGUCGGGUGGUGGUUUAGUUUCAAUGGUUGGGGCCAGAUUGUAGGCGGUUUUGUAGCCUAUGGUAUUGCCGUGGGUACGGAGGCUCACCCCAUCCUUAUCAAAUCGUGGCAACUAGUCUUUCUUGUCACUGGUUUCUUCACGGCUUUCAUGGGCGUUUUAUUUCUUUACCUUAUGCCGGAUAGUCAACUGAACGCGAGGUUCUUGACACAAGAAGAACGAAUUAUGGCUGUCGAGCGCAUCCGCAUGAACCAACAGGGCGUGGGUAAUAAACAUUUUAAGUGGUACCAAUGCAAAGAAGCAUUGUCAGAUCCAAUGAUUUGGGCUUUUACACUCUUCAGUGUCAUUGUCUCGGUCCCUAACGGUGGGAUGUCAAAUUACUUCUCACAGCUUAUUGUCUCGUUCGGUUUCACUGAGAACCAAUCAUUACUCUUGGGUACUCCAGGCGGUGCUAUCCAGGUAUUCAGUCUCCUUGUCGCUGGUCAUCUAGGGGAUCGAUUCAACAAUCGCAUAUUGUUUGGUGCCUCUGGAGUACUGAUUGCUGUGCUCGGAUUGUUCCUUAUACUUCUCUUGCCGAUUAGUAACAGCGGAGGACGGCUCGCAGGCUACUACCUGUACCAAUUUUCGUCAACUGGCUUCGUAGCCUUACUUGGACUCAUUUCGACCAACGUAGCAGGAUGGACGAAGAAAACCACAGCUGCAGCAAUGUACCUCUUGGCCUAUUGCGUGGGAAAUAUCAUCGGGCCCCAGGCCUUCCAGUCGACCGACGCGCCACAAUACCGCAACGCAAAUAUUGUAGUUCUUGUUUGUAUGUUCGUCUCGUUCGCCAUCUUGAUUUUCAUCAACUUUUGGUGUAGGCACCAGAACAAGGCCAAGGCUACCAUCCGAGCUAGCCCUGGUUAUGCCAAGGUAGAUGGGCAAGAAUUUCUCGAUCUGACUGAUAGAGAAAACCCGGAAUUUAUCUAUACCUUGUGA